AUGGUUUCGUCUCGCGAUAACUGUCCUUGCUGCCAUCAAGCCUUCCAGCCCCCUUAUCGCGCUGAGGCUCCUCAUAUUCUAUGCCCCAAGUGUGCUGUCUCCAGUAUUUUCCAGCCUUACGGAGUUGUGUAUGUUCUGUGUCGCGAGCCGGAAACUCAGGCUCCUACUGCUGGUCUUACUGACUCUGCCGCUCGAGAAGCUGCUGACACUCCCGCUAACCAUGAUCGUGUCGAGACCGCUGAUGAUCCUCCAACUUCUACUACCGAGACGGAUCUUCAGAUGUCAUGUGACCCUCCAUCUCCAGCUGCGCCUGCGGAGGUGUCUCUAUCGCCCGCGAAUCCAUCUGCUUCUGACGCUGAGUUUGAACUCUUUCUGUCUGAUCGGCCUGGCUUGUUUCCGGUUGAGACUACACGUGGUACCAUCCGCAACGAUAAUCCUCGCAGCCUUGUUGUCGCUGGUGUAGCUCCAUUUGUCCCGAACAACGCCGUAGACGUCGCCGCAUCUCGCCCUGACGAUACCGACGACGAGUCCUUGUUUGAGAUACCGUCACGUCCGCCACGCACUCCCCGACGCACAGCUGUGCCCUCUCGUCUGCGCGGCCGUGGUCGCGGCAUCGUUUCCUUCCCUUACCGUGAGCCUCGAUCUUCCGAGGAGAGUGGCUUUUAG